CACAGGGGCUUCUCAGAGCAGCAGGGCAGAGAUGGCAGAGACACCGUUGCUGUUCUGGACUCUCUUCCUAGCAGGACUCCUAGGAGGUCUCCCAGAGGCACGGGGUCAGCAGAUCCUGAACCUACUGGUUGGCCGGCUCUUCGUCCACUCCUUGGAACCGGCGGCAUUCCUUGGAGUCGAGGACCAUGCAGGACCGGUGCCCCACGAGCCCAUGACCUUCCACCCCCACCUGUUGGACCACCCGGACUUGCCCCAGUGGCUGCGCUACACCCAGCGCACGCCCCACCAGUCGGGCUUCCUCUACGGCUCUCCCACCCAGACUGACCGCGGCCGCCUGGUGAUCGAGGUCACAGCCUAUAACAGACGCAGCUUCGAGACGGCACGGCAGAGACUGGUGCUGGACAUCGGAGACCCCACAGGUCCCCGGCUCCCACUGGAGGCUGAGUUCCUUCUUUGCAGCCACGACGUGGAGGAGGCCCUAGCACCACCCACCACCCGACGCUUCCUCGAGGCCUUGCAGGGUCUCUGGGCCCCCGGGGAUCUGCAGCUCCUCAAUGUCACCUCCGCCCUGGACCGUGGUGGCCGCGUGCCCCUGCCCAUCGAGGGCAGGAAGGAGGGGGUCUACAUCAAGGUGGGCUCCGCGAGCCCUUUCUCCGACUGCCUGAAGGAGGCCAGGACCCCCAGCAACCUGCAGCGCUGUCAACAGGGGCAGCAACCCGUCCUGUCGUGCUACGACAGCUUCGGGCCUCAGUUCCGGAUCGACUGGUGCAACAUCUCCCUGGUGGAUAAAUCCGUGCUCCCGCCACCAACCGCAGGACCCACAUGGGGCGACGGGAUCCUGGAACAGGACCCCCACUUCAACCCUCCCACCGAAGCCCCCAGCCGCUCCUUUCUGGCCGAGGCCCUGCUCACUCUCCUGCUUCCCCUGCUUCUCGCCCUGCUGCUCACAUUGCUCCUGGCCUAUAUCAUGUGCUGCCGACGAGAGGGAGUGAUCAAGAGAGACCUGGCCACCUCAGACAUCCAGAUGGUCCAUCACAGCUCCAUCCUCGGCAACACGGAGGAGCUACGGCAGAUGGCGGCCAGUCGUGUGGUGCCUCGCCCCCUGUCCACACUGCCCAUGUUCAACGUGCGGACAGGAGAGAGGAUGCCCCCUAUGUAUGAUGGUGCCCGGGUGCCCCUCAUCCAGGCACAGCAUUGAUGCGGGGAGAGGCGGGGGUAAUGAAGGGCAGGAGGAUCUAGCUGUGGGCAUCAUGCCCAUGGCAGGCACCCUCUGGGUAGUCCCUCUUCUUGGCCCUGGGUUCAGGGCAGCCUUCACCUCUGGCAGGUUUGGGCACCCUCCCCCACCCCCAGCCAGCAGUACCCUCCUUUCUUCCAGCCCGAAAACUUCUGCUUACCCACCCAUGCCCUUGUCACUGACCAGCUAGGGCCCCAGGGCCUGGGGAGGGUGAGGAGAGAUGAUCUAGACAUGCCUAAGGAAGAAAUAAAUAUAAUGGAUCUGGGAGUCAGUG